AUGUCGCAAUUUCGGGAAACGUUCACGAGGGGCAGUAAGAAGGACUCAGUCCUCUCUUACGACGACUUUGCAUCGAGGAUCUUCACAAGCGGCUUUAUGCUCUGCUUCCUCCUCCCGAUAACGAUUUACCUGUUCAAAAAGUGGUUUUUUGGCAUGAGGGCCAGGAUUCCACAAAAGUACCGCCUGUCGGAUGUACAUAUAGAGAGUAAAAAGCAGCCAUGUGCUCACUGCGGAUGUUCCAUCUGCAAGAAGAGGAGGAAGGAGGAAGACCUCAACAAACUUAAGUUUAAAGACCACCUCAAGCUUUCGAGGAUGCUUCAAGUGUUAGUGCUGGCAUUUUUCUGGUGGAUGGUGAUAUACUUGAUAGCAGCGCCGAAUUGGGACGAAAACUUAAAUAAGGUAGAUAUGUGUGUGAAGAAGAGCUUGUACGAGAGCUUGCGGCCUUACGAAUGUGUAGGAAUAAACCCCGAUGACAACAUUAAAAAGUUUGACCCUUUUGAGUUGCUGGGUCUGUCGACGGACGCGACCAAGAAGGACAUACAGAAGGCGUACCGCCACCUGUCCCUGAAGUAUCACCCGGAUAGGAAUCCAAACGAUCCGGAAAUGUCGGCACACUUCGUGCUAAUAACGAAGGCCUACAGGACGCUGACAAACGAUAUUUCUCGUAUGAACUACGCGAAGUAUGGAAAUCCCGAUGGGCCGGGAAUGAUGAAGAUAGGCAUAGGUCUUCCAAGGUUCCUUAUUGAUGAAAACAAUCAAAUUGUUAUAUUGUCAUUAUUUUUCCUAAUAUUGUUGAUAGUUGUUCCCUCUUUAUUCUUAUGGUAUUAUCGCACACAAAAAAACUUUACAACAACCGGAGUUCGAGUUGAGACUUUGCAGCUCAUAUAUUACUCGAUCAACGAGAACACGCGUUACAAGUCGUUCCCAGAGGUGUACUCGUGUUCCACGGAGCUUCUGGAAGUGCCGUACCACUCAAGUCAGGAAGCGGAGCUGAGGAAGUACGUGUACGUGGCAGGAGACUACAAGAGAAAAAACGUCUCAGCGGAGACGUUCAGGAACUUUAUACUACUGAUAUGCCACCUUAACAGAGUGGAUGACCUGAGUCCGCAGCUGACGAAGGCACUGAAGGAGAUACUGAAGUACAGCAUGGUGGUGACACAGUGUAUGUUGGACGUGGCAGUGGUGAAGGGAUGGUUGCUGACCUUCAGGUCAGCGCUGGACUUCAGAAGAGGGAUUCUGCACGGACUCAGCGGAAGGAACCUGUCGCUGCUGCAAGUGCCGCACUUCACAGAGGAGGAAGUUAACCACGUGACGAGAGGCAAAAAUAGCCUGAAGCAGGUGGAGCAAUACGUGAAAAGCGAGGAGAAGAGAGGACUGAAUAACAUGACGAGUGCACAGAGAGCGGACGUGGAGGAGUUCUGCAAGUACUUCCCGGACGUGACGCUCGAGGUAGACGUGUACGUGGAGGACGAGGAUGACAUAUACCAGGGGGACCUGAUGACAGUGGAGAUAAGGCUGACCAGAAACAACGUGAAGCCUGGUCACCUGGUGGGGCCGAUACACGCGCCGCAGUUCCCGUACGUGAAGUACGAGCAGUACUACUUCCUGCUGACGUUCCCGCCAGCAAUGAACAACAUCACGAAGGACGCCUCGGGGAACUACGUGCAGACGAAGGACCACAAGGGGGCGGACCACAAAGAUUCCGAAAAGGAGGAGAGAGAAGGAAAAGAUUGGGAAAAUAACAUUUUCUUGAACUUUAGCACAACGUCAAGCAGGGAACACCAGAUAGUGGAGAAGAUGCAACUAGUGGCAGAGAAAAGCGGAAUUAACACGCUGUGCGUAACAGCAGUGAACGACUCGUACUUCGGAGCAGAAGUGUCAGUGCUGAAGAAGUACAACGUGCUGCCGUUGAACGUGGAAAAGGUGUCGGAAGGACUGAAGAUACACCCAGAGGACCUGAAGUUGGACGAAGAUCAGAACCCUAUCACAAAAAUGCUGGGAGAGUUGCUGACGGCGGAAUCAUCAGAUGAAGAGGAAGUGGAGGUGCUAGAAUAA